CUGUCUCAAACGUAACCCAAACAACCAUUGGCCAGCCACACAAAGCAAUCAACCCCUCGAUAGAAAAAACGACGAGUCCCCAAGGAAGUCGUUUGUUUGCCUGUCCGUCCGUCCGUCCUCAUCAAUCCGGCGCGGUCUUGGCCCCACGAUCAAAUAAUACCUACCCACGGAGUACGGAGUACUACCUAGGUCAGCUGCUCAAAUGGCCAACCCAACGGACUACAGACUGCAAGAAGGUUGCAUCAACCGCCUGAUCGACGAUGUGGCCUCUUCUUAUUCCCCUUCGGACCCUUUCGGGGUAAUAGUAUGGAAUUAUGCGUCUUUGAUUGGGAUAAUUACCUCCAAUUGCUUUACUUUGCUUUGCUUACUUUACUUCUGGGCUAUCAGAUGUGGCGAUGCAGACGCCUUCCACAUAUAUAUCCCCAUGGACACCAACGCAUACAUAGGUCGGAGUAUACAUACUCAGCUCAUCCAUGCAAGAGACCCUGAAACACCACCAACACUAUCUGGGUAGUCAGUCGUCUGUAUAAUGUACGGAGUGGAUGUAUUAUGU